AUGGUUACUACAACAACUGACCUACCAGUGAAUGGUAAACGAAAGACUGACGAUGAUAUAAAGGAAACAUUUAUCAUGUUGAUGGAUGUAAGAACAGAAAUAAGAGUCAUGCCGUGCCGCCCAAUCGUGCUUUCGGGACCAUCUGGAGGUGGCAAGAGCACGAUUCUCUCGAGGGCUAUGAAAGAUUACCCAAACAGCUUUGCGUUCAGUGUUUCACACACCACUCGCAAACCUCGAGAAGGCGAAGAACAUGGCGUGCACUACUGGUUCACAGAUCAUGUAGAAAUGCAUCGCAUGAUCGCCGAUGGUGAAUUUCUUGAACAUGCCACAUUUGGAGGGAACACAUAUGGUACAAGCAAGAAGGCGGUCAACGACGUUGAGAAAACUGGAAAGAUUUGCGUGUUAGACAUCGAACUGCAAGGGGUACGGAAUAUCAAAAAUUCCCACUUGAAGGCGCGUUACAUUCUCAUACGUCCUCCGUCAAUUGAAGUGUUGGAAACACGGCUCCGUUCUCGUGGUACAGAAAAGGAAGAAGAUAUAGUGAAACGGCUCAAUCAUGCCAGAGAAGACCUAGAAGCCGUGGAACGAUGUCCGGAUUUGUUCGAUCACGUGAUCAUCAAUGAUGAUUUUGAGUCGGCAUAUCAACAGUUCAUUGCUGCAAUUGAAGAGGAUCUCAUGUCCAUUUCAUCCAAUAUUUUUGCUGUCGAGGAUGCAGUACGGGCGCUCCUCUGCUUACAAACAUUUAAACAUGAACAAAACAAGACGAAGAUGCAAUUGAACAGAGUACUGAGCGAAAGUGAUCAUCCUGAUAUAGCAGAAGAACGUAGAAAUGCGACAUUCGACACUGAUGAAAUGGCUGCAAUCAUCUGGGAAUCAAAAGAGGCAGUACUUCGCCGACGACAGACCUCCAAGAAAGUCGAGGAACAUACCGAACUGCACGAUCCGUUUAGUCAGGCGUUUAUGACAAGAGAAGAAGAAAUGGAAAAUGCAGCCAGAAAGUCAACCACUAUGGUGAGGAAAUUAAAAGAGCUUGGCGUCAAUCCAAUGGAUGGAGAGGAAGUGUUUCGUUUGACUAACGAAGUGAUCGGGAUCUCAGGACAUCCGUUAGCUCUUCAUGGACUUAUGUUCACUACUACAUUGCAAGGCCAAUGCUCAGAGGAACAAAUGCAUUGGGUGAAACUCGCGUUCACUAGGCAAAUUAUUGGCACUUAUGCGCAAACCGAGAUGGGUCAUGGAACAAAUCUUCGAAAACUCGAAACUACAGCAACGUAUGACCCAAAAACACAAGAAUUUAUUCUACAUAGCCCAACUACUACAUCAAUGAAAUGGUGGCCGGGAAAUUUAGGCAAGAGCUCAAACCAUGCAAUCGUUGUGGCUCAGUUGGUGAUUAGCGGGAAAAAUUACGGCCCACAUAAUUUUGUCGUUCAAAUCCGUGAUCUCGAAACUCAUCAGCCACUGGCAGGUAUAACAGUUGGUGACAUUGGACCAAAAAUGGCCUACAACAGUACCGAUAAUGGUUUCUUGGCAUUUGAUCAUUAUCGAAUCCCAAGAUUAAAUAUGUUAAUGAAAUAUGCGAGGGUAGCCGCGAAUGGAACGUACACUCGUCCACCACAUGCCAAGGUUGGAUAUUCGACUAUGGUUUUCGUACGAGCUCAUAUGAUUCGACAUCAAGCUAUGUAUGCAUCGUACGCUGUAACAACUGCCAUACGAUAUUCAGUUAUUCGACGUCAAGGAGAAAUUAAACCAAAUUGCGGUGAAGUGAAAAUUCUCGACUACCAGACGCAACAAUAUCGUUUGUUACCGCAAUUAGCUCGCGUGUUUGCGUUCUUAUUUACUGGAUAUUCUGUACGAAGAUUGUUUGUACAAACUCAGAAGGAUGUCGCUAAAGGAAAGAUGGACGGAAUGGCCGAAUUGCAUUACAUUACUUCUGGACUCAAAGCAGUUGUCACUCAUCUAAUUGGUGAAGUUAUUGAACAAUCACGUAUGAGUUGCGGUGGUCAUGGUUACUCGAAGGCCAGCAAUAUUCCCGAGGUUUACGGUGUAUCAAUCGGAGGCUGUACAUACGAAGGUGAGAACAUGGUAAUGCUUCAACAAUUGGCCAGAUAUCUGAUGAAAGCAGCAUAUGCAGCCCAAUCCGGUGAAGCACUUUCUCCGCUAUUGAACUACUUAGUGAAACCGCACGAAACCCAGUCCCUUAUUGAUAGGACGCCAAAUAAUGGUAAGCUGCACAAAAAUGAUUUUUCUUAUCCUAACUGA